AGCAAUUACUUCCAACAUUCACUUUCUGUUUUUUUCUUGCUACGUCGACGGAAAAAACCAAAGAGGAAGGAGAAAUGGAGGAGUCACAGAAUUAUGGUCACCGACAUCCCUUGCUUCUUCUUUUGAAUGAACAUCAGCCGAUUGUAGCUAACUGCUCAAGGUGUGGAGAGAAGGUGUCAACUCCAUGUUUUAGCUGUGCCCAGGAUUGUGGGUUUUAUCUUCACAAGCAUUAUGGUCCAUAAAAGGUGCACUACAUUGGCACGUAUCAUCAAAAGCAAGUGGCAUGAUCAUCGCCUUUUUCACAAAUAUUUCCUUCCAGAUGAAGUUAGAAGUUCAGACUGCAUCAUUUGUCAUAAUGAAGUCAAUCCAAAGCAUGGUAGUUAUUGUUGUUCACAUUGCAAUAUUACAUUCCAUGUGCGUUGUGUGACAGAGGAUAAAGGCUUAUAUUCACUAGUUUCACUAGAAAAUGAAGAUGAGAUGCCUAAUGAAAGUUCCAUCAUUGUUAUUGAGAGGAACGAUGCUGGAGAAGCUACAAAAAUAAAGCAUUUCAAGCAUAUGCAUAAUCUAAUGUUAGGUCCCUUUGAUGGAGGAUAUGGAAAUAGUUGCAACGGGUGUAUGCUGCCAAUCACGGAUCCAUGUUACUACUGUUCAGAAUGUGUUUUUUUUCUUCACAAAACGUGUGCCGAGUUACCUAAGAUGAUGAAUGUUUGGUAUCAUUAUUGCCAAGAGCCUCUCGCCCUUAUUUCAGACAAGGUUUUUGGGUGUGCAGAAUGUUGGCUAAUAUCUAAUGCCUUUGCUUAUGAAUGUUGUGGAUGUAAGACAAAUAUAUGUCUCCGAUGUGUGAUUGCUCUUACUCCUGGUGCUCGAACAAGUUUGAAACAUAAACACCCCCUCUUUUACUACAGAAGGCAACAUGAGAAAUGCAAUGCUUGUGGUAAGGCUAAUGUGAGGGUAUUUUGUUGUAAGGAUUGCAAUUUUGUGCUAGAUCUUGGAUGUUUUUCACUUCCAAUUAAAGCUCGUCACAAAUGCGAUGAGCAUCUUCUUUCACUCAUGGAUCAUGAUGAUAACAGUUAUUCAAAAAGUCAUCAUUGUGAUAUCUGUGAAAAUAGUCGAGAUCCAAAUCAUUGGUUUUAUCAUUGUGCAACAUGCGAUACUUCUGCUCAUGUUGGUUGUGUUCUUAGAAGAAACUAUCCAUUCCUCAAACUCGGGAACAUCUAUGAAGGAACAAAUCAUUCACACCCACUCACCAUUGUGAAGAAGAAGUAUUACUACCCUAAUUGUGAUUAAUGCAGUGAGCCUUGUGAAGAUGUGGCUCUUGAAUGCUCCAAGUCGGAGUGCAAAUAUAUUGUCCACUGGAAUUGUGUGAAACCCAUUUCUCUAUGGGUUGGAUUGAAACACCACUUUAUUUACAGGUAAACUCAAGAGUGGAAAACAGGAUUUGAUAUUUGCCGUGUUACUUGUGGUGUUAGUUGUUGUUAUUAUUGUAAUUUGGUUUUUUCAACUUUUUAAGUUUUAAAUAAAUGUCAUGUAAUAAUCCAAAACUGAAACUUGUGAAGUUGGAUUUGCAUUGGUGUUUGAUUAUUGAUUUUAGAAUUUCUUAGAAUUUGAGAGUGUGAUUGUACUUACAAUAAUAAAGGUG